CCCACAUGACCAGCUACGACUAAAACCUUUUCUCCAGAUAAUAGAGUAAAAUCGGAGGGACCAACUCAUCACUCACCAAAUCCUCUGAUCUUCUCUCUCUCUCUCUCUCUCUCUCUCUCUCUCUAAUUCAAAUCAUACUAGUAAUAAGGUCAAUCAAUAGACAAUGGCGAGAUACGAAGAGCUUCCAAUCCCAAUCUACUCCGCACUCGAAUCGGUCUACGGCGGAGACGCUGGUGGAUCUCAAGUCGAAGAAGCCCAGCUCCGAUUCGACAACUUGAAAUCCAAGUUCGUCCAAGUCUUCGGCCAUCUUCCCCACCUCUACGCUCGAUCACCAGGGCGAGUGAAUUUGAUUGGGGAACACAUUGACUAUGAAGGUUACUCGGUGCUGCCGAUGGCGAUUAGGCAGGACACAAUCGUGGCGAUUAGGAAGCGCGAUGUUGGGGACUCUGAAAAGCUUCUGAGGAUAGCCAAUGUUAGCGAGAAGUACUCCUUGUGUAUUUACCCUGCUGAUCCAGACCAGGAUAUUGAUCUGAGGAAUCAUAAAUGGGGUCAUUAUUUCCUUUGUGGGUAUAAAGGCUACUUUGAGUAUGUCAAAUCAAAAGGACUGGAAGUUGGUGUACCAGUUGGACUUGACGUAAUGGUUGAUGGUAUAGUUCCUACAGGGUCUGGAUUGUCAAGCUCUGCAGCAUUUGUUUGCUCUUCUACAAUUGCUAUAAUGGCUGCCUUUGAUGUGAAUUUGCCAAAGAAAGAGAUUGCACAGCUUACUUGUGAAUGUGAACGGCACAUUGGGACACAAUCUGGUGGAAUGGACCAGGCUAUCUCUGUCAUGGCUCAAUCUGGGUUUGCAGAGCUGAUUGAUUUCAACCCUGUUCGUGCAACCGAUGUCCAACUACCUGCUGGUGGUUCCUUUGUCAUUGCCAAUUCAUUGGCUGAAUCACAGAAAGCAAUCACUGCUGCUACGAAUUAUAAUAAUCGGGUUGUUGAGUGCCGGCUAGCUGCUAUUGUUCUGGGUAUAAAGCUUGGGAUGAAGCCCCAAGAGGCAAUAUCCGAAGUGAAAACUCUCUCUGAUGUAGAAGGGUUGUGUGUUUCAUUUUCUGGCAAUCGUGGAUCUUCUGAUCCUGUCAUAGCGGUCAAGGAACUGUUGAGUGAAGAGCCGUAUACAGCUGAUGACAUUGAGAAGAUUACUGAAGAAGAUUUGCAAUCUAUAUUUGCGAAUUCUCCAACUUCUUUGGAUGUCCUAAAAGCUGCCGAACACUUUAAGUUAUUUCAGAGAGCCUCACAUGUUUAUUCGGAAGCCAAGCGCGUACAUGCUUUCAAAGACACUGUAUCAUCAAACUUAAGUGAGGAGGACAUACUGAGGAAUCUUGGCAACCUUAUGAAUGAAAGCCAUAGUAGCUGCAGCAUUCUGUACGAGUGCAGCUGCCCAGAGUUGGAAGAACUAGUAAAGGUUUGUCGAGAUAAUGGUGCGCUUGGGGCAAGGCUUACAGGUGCCGGAUGGGGUGGUUGUGCUGUUGCUUUGGUAAAAGAGUCUAUUGUACCCCAGUUCAUCCUCAACCUGAAGGAGCAAUUUUAUCAAUCAAGAAUCGACAAGGGGGUGAUCAAUAAGAAUGAUCUUGGUCUCUAUGUUUUUGCUUCCAAACCAUCAAGUGGCGCUGCUAUUUUCAAAUUUUAGCAGUCUUUUUUAUUCUUUGUAGAGGAAACAUUGCAUUGCUUGUUUAUUAUGGAGGCAUUGAGUCCGCGAAUGGAAGUUGAUUCUCUUUCAUUUAAACGAUCUCUUUUCAUGUCUUUAAAAUUCUACUCUCUUUUUAAAAUUUUCAGAUUUCUCUC